AUGAGUUUCCCCAACUUUGAAGGCGGCGCGCAGCCCCCUCAGCAAGGUGGCGAAGAGCAAGGUGGAUUCGGCGCAGCUCCCGGCGCAUCCCAACAGCCGCAGUCCAUGGGCCAGCAGAUGGAUCCCUCUCAGCAGCAAGGCCAGUUCCAGGGCGUUCCUCAAGGCGCGGCACCUGGUCCAGGCGGCCCACAGCCAGGCGGCGAUCAAAAGACGACGCUUUGGAUGGGCGAGCUGGAGCCAUGGAUCGAUGAGAACUUCGUGCGCAGCGUAUGGUUUGGCAUCGGCUACCAAGUCAAUGUAAAAAUGAUCCGGGACAAGUUCUCUGGAAGCAACGCCGGAUACUGCUUCGUCGAUUUUGAAAACCCAGACCAGGCCACUCGUGCCCUCCAACUCAACGGACAGGUGAUUCCCAACUCGAAUCGCCAGUUCAAGCUCAACUGGGCUUCCGGCGGUGGUUUGGCCGACCGCAGCCGUGACGAUCGCGGGCCGGAGUUUUCUAUCUUCGUGGGCGAUCUUGGCCCGGAGGUGAAUGAGUACGUCCUCAUGUCGCUCUUCCAGGGCAAAUACACCUCGUGCAAGUCUGCCAAGAUCAUGUCAGAUCCCAUCAGUGGCAUGUCGCGCGGCUACGGGUUCGUGCGAUUCGCCGACGAGAGCGACCAGCAGAAGGCUCUGCACGAGAUGCAGGGCGUCUACUGCGGCAACCGACCGAUGCGCAUCUCCACCGCGACUCCCAAGAACAAGAGCGGCGCCGGUGGCCCACCCAUGGGCGGCAUGCAGCCUGGCCCAGGUGGCCCAGCAGGCAACCCUGGCAUGGGUAUGUACUCGAUGGGUGCUCCACCAAUGGGCUAUUACGGUGCUCCUCAGCCGAUGAACCAGUUUACCGACCCAAACAAUACCACCGUUUUCGUCGGCGGUCUCUCCGGCUACGUCACUGAGGAUGAGCUCCGUUCUUUCUUCCAGGGCUUUGGCGAGAUUACCUACGUCAAGAUUCCCCCCGGCAAGGGCUGCGGUUUCGUUCAAUUCGUUCAGCGACAUGCCGCAGAGAUGGCUAUCAACCAGAUGCAGGGUUACCCAAUCGGCAACUCGCGCGUGCGCUUGAGCUGGGGACGUUCGCAGAACAACUCUGGUCCAGCGGGCACUCCAUACCGCCCAGCCCCACCACCACCAGUCUAUCCGUCCAUGGGUAUGGCUCCUCAGCAUCCCUACGGUAACUUUGCACCGAUGAAGUAA